AUGCAGUUCUCCAUUGCCGCUAUCGCCGCUAUUGCCACCAUCGCCGCCGCAACUCUUCCUGUUGCCAAUGGCACUCUCGCAGACUCUCCCUCCGUUGCUCGUGUCGGAAUCAACGGCACUAACCCCGAUGACAACUAUGUCACUGUUUACGUGACCAACUGCCCUGUCACCAGCACCGACGCAGCUGGAGCCACCGUCACCACCCACAUCAAGUCCACUGUCACUUCGACCGUCUGCCCCAAGUGCACUAAGACCGCUGAGCCCAAGCCCUCCGCUAUCCAGUCCACUCCUGCCAAGGGUAAUGGUACCGAGACCGGCCCCAAGUCUGUCCAGAACCCCAAAACCAACAACAACGGCACUGUGACCCCUACUCGGGCCCCUCUUCAGCAGCCCAAGGCCAACAUUCCCAAGCAGGCCAACGGUGCUUCCAAGGCUGUUGUUGGAGCUGCUGCUCUGGCUCUUCCAGUGGUUGUGGCCCUUAUGUAA